UUGAGGAGAGACCCAGACGAAUCUGGUGACCGGGCCGGAAGACAAUACCCAGAAGAGGGAAGGGAGGAAUCCCCAUACUACAAGGAAGUAUUGCAGAGGCUGAAAAGGUCCAAUGCCUUUAGGUAGUGGGAUAUGACAACUGCCUUCAAAUACUUGAAGAAUAGUCCCAAAGAACAGUGGCUUUCAAACUUUUGGAAUGUGAUCCAUGCUAGAAAUGCAUUUUAUGUUGCCAUCCAGCACUCACACAUGCACAUGACAAACGAAAAGCUCACGAAAAACUGCAGGCUGUGCCCUGCAUUUUGAAAAUCACCGACGUGAAAAGAGAGUGGGAUUGAUUCCAGGCUGAUUCCAAGGUGCGGAAUGAGGAUGAGUGAAAGGGGAGAAAAAGGAAUCAGCUUUGACAAAGGCAGAGGAGCUUUCUAGUAAUUAGAACUACCUAACAGUGAACUGCCUCGGGAAUUCUCAAACUGAGUCCUGGGAGAGCCCAGCAUUCUGCGAAAGGGCAACGGUCUCAGAUGUUUGCUUUUGAAAACUAUUUGUAGUAUUCUCGUUUUAAAAAAUCCAACCAUACCCACUCAAGGCUGCUAAAUGUCAAAAUUUAGCAGGUUCACAUUCAGUGGGUUCUGCCUUAGAGGUUGCUGUAGUGGUUAAGAGUUAGCAGAAGUCAGACUUUCUAGGUUCAAAGCCUGAUUCCACCUCUUACUGUGGUGUGAUCUUGAGUAAGUCACCUAACCCCUCUCUCUAAACUGCUGUUUUCUUAUCUAUAAAAUGAGGAUAAUACCUCACUGGAUUAUUGUAAGGACAGCAUGAAGUAUUCCAUUCAAGGUAUUUAGGACUGUAAGGGCUCAAUAAAUGAUAGUUCUUAUUUUAAGCUGUUAAUAUAUUAUCCCUGUGCAUAGGUCAAAACCUAGUAUUAAUAAAAGCCUGCCAUAGGCCUGGCAGCAUCAUCUCUUUCAUCACGUGGAUCAUUGUAUUUAAUCCACGAGCACGUUGAGAGGAAAGUACCAUUAUCAUUCUCAGUUUACGGAGGGGGCAGUGGGCUCAAAAGAUUAAGUGGCUUGUCUAGAAUCAGAACUAGUAAGCGGCAGAGUACAACCUUGAACCCAGGACUGGAUACUCACGAUUAGUGUGCUGGCGCUCACCUGGGACUUGCUUAAACACGUACCACCGAUUAGGAAGGUGGUAUAUCUUCAUUACUCUUUUUUGAGAUUCUAGGCCCAUGACAUCCUGUCAUGAACAGUUAUACAAGGACGUGCACCAGUAAGGUACAUCCGGACAGUGCUCCGUUCAGACCUGGGCUGCACCUGCUCUCAUCCUGGCUUCACAGGUGCUUAGAAGAACACGUGGUAGAGUUUUUCAUCAAACAAAUGGAACAUGUCGCAGAACUUUGCUAAGAUGGAUGACUCAACACACAAAGACCAACACCCUGUCAAAAAACAUUCCAGCAAGGCCAACAAAGUACAGAAAGGUUUUGCUGCUGCACAUCCAGCACAAUCCUCCUCCAUUCCUUUUAAGAACCAGACUUCAACAAUUCCAGAAUCAGAAAAAAAGGGAUUCAAUAGUCAAGCCAAAAGAUUUUAUUAUAAAAAGGAUAAUAUCCCGGGUCCUGGCUUCUAUGAUGUCAUUCACCAAUCUCCGGUGUUCAACAGUGUCUCGCUGUCUAAGAAAGGGACGUGCACUUUUCCCUCUAUGCGUGCCCGACUGGACACCAUCAUUUCUAAAUACCCUGCAGCUAACGCGUACACUAUCCCAUCACAUUUUGUUUCGAAGAAAGACUUCAGUAAUUCCUGUUCCAGCAUGUUUCAGUUGCCAAGUUUUGCGAAAGCCCUCAAAUCUGAAACUCCUGCACCAAACCAUUACAAUGCCUCUGUCUCUUGCUGCAAGCAAAGAAACAACGUCUGUGCCCGAGCCGGGUUUAUGUCCAAAACCCAGAGAGGAUUUUUCACUAUCACUGACACAGGACCUGCCCCAGGGCAUUAUAAUAUCAACGAAUCCCUCGUGAAGCAGUCACCAAAGGUAUUGACGUCUUGUUUUAAAUCAAAAACUGGACGUGGAUUAAAACUGACAUCAACGGGCCCGGGACCUGCUUAUUACAACCCCAAUGACCACAUCAAAAUUCUGAAAAAGGCUCCUUUCCCGAGAAACCCCCUCCUGAACUUCUCUGCCCAGCCUUCGCCCCUGCCCCCGAAGCCGCCUCUUCCGGGCCCCGGUCAGUACGAGAUCGUGGACUACGAGGGGCCCCCCAGACACUUCACCUCCAGCGCAUCGUUUGCGUCCAACACCAGCCGGUGGACAGCAGCCCCGUCCCAGCCAGGCCUGCCCGGCCCAGCCACGUACAAGCCAGAAUUCCCUGGAAAACAGUCCUUUCUCUACAACGAGGACAACAAAUGGAUCCCAGUGUUGUAGGGACCCCACACAAGCUCGGGGAGAACCCUGGCCACCAGCUGCCUCACCCAGGCUCCCCAGGACGUUCGUUCAGAGAAUGCCCAUCUCGUGUGUGACAGACGACGACUUGGAGGGCAGAUCUGCCCCUGCCCCCCGUCCCCCGUGGCUGGCGUGGAGCUGGGAGGCUGCGUUUGUCCUUGUCUUGGACUGCCUCCUGGAGAUUGGACACCCGCCUCCACUGACUCCAGUGGCUCCCUGAGCAGAAAUGAGGGGUGGACAGAGCCCUCCUUGGUUACCUGCCAUGCACCUGCCCGUGCUGGGACGUGCAGCCCCCCCCCGCAGAUGUAAGAGGUUCCUGAAGCUCAGGCUCGAGGGAGAAGGCUGCCAUUGGCAGAUUCCCCAUCUAGAAGCCUGACGCUGGGCCAGGGCUCGAGGUCCAGACUGUACCUGCUGGGUGGACCGCACAGGACUGCGGCCCGGGCACAACUCCCAUCCUUCACCCUUGACUUCCAGGAGCCGGGAAGGCCCAGAGGUGCUUGUGACAGACUCAAGGGGGUUGCCUGGGCCCGGGCCCCCAGCUAAGCCUACGCACCUCACCUUCAGGAAGAGCAUGGCCCCAGUCACCGUGGUCACUUGUGCUCGGUACCCACCUUCAGGAGAAGGCCACCACAUCCGUUGAGUGGCCCGGCAUUCAACAGCACACGUGGGCAGGUCGCUGCUGGAGCCAGAGGCCUGGAAACAGCAUUCUGAGGGAGCAAGGGGGCAGGGAGGCACCGCUUGGUGCCUGCGGGUUCUUUCUUUUACUGGGACUUUCCUAUCCCCGGGCCUGGCCUCCGUCUCCUCCCAGGCCUUCUGCUCAAGUUUGACACAGCCUUUGAUGAAUCUUUUCUGGCCUGCCACGUCCGUUUCCCCCGGCAAGAGGGAGAGAUUCCCAAAGAACCAAGGGGGAAUAGAAGAAACCACACAUCCCCUCCUUUCCCAAAUAUUGAUGUUGUCGUUCACUUCUGCAAGCGGAAGGCACUGAUGCAGCCCCCUCCCCGCUCCCCACGGAGUCCAGGCCCCUCACUCCCGGGGCCCCUCCCCUGACUUUGCUCUGUGACCAGAGGGUGAGUGGCCUUCCCGUCAGAAUGGCCGCUGACUGGCUCCCCCCCCCCCGUGGGGAGGGGUGGGUGAGGAAGAGGGAGGGAGAAGGAUGGAAUACCAUAUCCAAUUAAACCGACUUCUUGCGUCUCGCCAAA